ACGCGUGGCAUUUUGGUCUCACAGGGAAAGCUGAUUCGAAUUUGACCAUCGUCGUCUCUGCAAAUUUUCAACGGUGAACAUGGCAGACGGCGAGAUUCUGAAGAAGCUGGAGGACUCCACUAAGGACGCCGUGGCUGUCCAGCUCCAAACUCUUCACACCAUUCUCCAACGCAACGGCCGCUCAAGUUAUCUGCAACGCUAUGGUGCCUCUCUCGAUACGGCGUCGUUUAGAGAGGCCGUGCCUUUGUCUUGCUACGAUGAUUAUGCAGACUACAUCGAUCGGAUGGCCGACGGUGGUGGAGGUGAUGAUGAUGGUGAUCGGCCAUUGCUGUCCGUUGAUCCUCUGGUCUGUUUCUUCAACAGCUCGGGGACGAGCUCGAUGAAGCCAAAAUUAAUACCGUACUUUGAUUCACCACCUUCCAAGGCCGCUUCCCAUAUAGCUCACCAGGGCACUGUUGCAAUUCUUCGACGGUUGUUUCCUCCUAGACACUCAAUCAAUAAGGUUUUGUGGUUCUUAUAUGCUGGUAAUGUUACAUACACAAAAGGGGGUUUAAGGCCAUGGCUGCCUCUGCAUUCCCAUUACAAAGCAAUAACAAGAACCCUUCUCCAUUUCUUUCUACAUCUGCUAGUCCCCGAGAGGUUAUUCUGGGAUCCAAUGUUGAGCAACAAAUGUAUUGCCACAUUCUUUGUGGCCUAAGGAAUUUGGAUUUCAUUGAUGGGAUUCGAGCACCAUAUGCAGUUGGCCUAAUCAGAGCCUUUGCCCUGCUAGAAUCCAAAUGGGAGCAAAUAUGUGAGGAUCUUAAAUGCGGGUUUCCAAGUAUGGAGAUUACUGAUAUUGCAAUGAGAGAUUCUGUUACAGAGGUUCUAGCUGGGCCUCAAUUGGAUUUGUCAAAGAGAAUCCGAACAAUCUGUGAAGGAAAGAAUUGGGGAGGUAUUGUGGGUAAAUUAUGGCCUAAUGUUCGAUACAUCAAGUGUGUUUGUACAGGAAGUAUGGAGCAGUAUCAUCAGAAGCUUAAGUACUAUGCAGGAGAGAUACCUGUCUUGGGUGGAGACUACUUUGCUUCAGAAUGCUGUGUGGGCAUUAAUUUGGAUAUCCUGCAGCCCCCACAGCUUACUGGGUAUGUUCUGCUUCCAACUGCAGCUUAUUUUGAGUUUCUUCCCUUUAAUUUGGACGAAGAAGAAAUAGGUGAUUAUGCUCAAGAAACUGUUGAUUUUUCUGGUGUUGAGGUGGGGAAGAUGUAUGAGAUAGUUGUGACUACCUAUAGGGGAUUUUUCCGGUAUCGUUUGGGCGAUGUUGUGAGAGUUGUGGGCUUCCAUAAUAAAUCUCCAGAAGUGGAGUUUGUGAUGAGGGCCCCCAAGACUCCUGCUGAGAUAUUGACUGAAAGAGACCUGAUGACUGCAAUGGGAAAUUUCCAGCUUGUUCUAAGAACUGUGAAAAUGCCAGAUGUUACAGAGUUUGCAAGUUUCUUCGACUUGGAUUCAAUCCCAAAGCAGUUGAAGAUUUUUGUUGAGGUUGCUGGGGUUCUACAGGAUGAGAAGUUGCAGGAGUUGGGUUCAGUUCUCAGAAGGAAUUUUUCCUCUCUUGAAGAUGGGUUGGGAGGCGUUUAUAAAUUGAGGAAGGGGAGAGGUGAGGUUGGCCCUUUAUUAGUGUCCAUUGUAAAGCCAGGUAGCUUCAAUAGAUUACUGCAGAUGGCUACAGAGAAUGGAGCACCAGCUAGUCAAUAUAAACCUCCCAAAAUUAUAAGGAAUCUAGAGAUUGUCCAUUUCAUGGAAGGGUCUGCUCUACUGACUGUAUCCCUUGAUUCUUCAGAUUGAUUGCUAAGACCUCAACUGGAUCCUGGAGUGUUCACUGUCUACUGCUGAAGAUUAUGUACUGUUUGUUUCCCAAGGCAACAGGUUUUCUAGGCUCAAAUGAAUGUAAGAAUCUCUCAGAAGCCAAACAGACUGCCUUAAAUUUCAAUCACCUUGUAUUUUUUUUCUUCUGACUCACCUUCCCUCUUCGAGAAGCAGGGCAAAUUCAAAGUUAUUUUCCUUCUUUACCGUCAAUUCGUAGUUAUAGUAUUGUUUGUUUGCUCC